AUGAACGAUCAUCCACAAGGAAACUACAUGACUAAGGAUCAGUACAAGCACUUGGUGAGCCUGUUGACAAAGUCAUCCAUGGAAGGAAGUUCCAGCAAAACAUCAAGCUCAACAAAUAUGACAGGUAUAAAGUCAUUGCUAUCUAAUGCAAGAUUAUAUGAUUGGAUAGUACAUUCAGGAGCAUCGCACCAUAUCACUAUUUGUAAAGAAGUCUUAGAAAAAUUAAAGAGAAUCAACAAAGGAAAUAGUAGAGGAGUUCAAAUACUCACAGGAGGCAGAUCAGAAAUAGUAAACACAGGUGAUACAACAAUACUAGGAGGGCAGAAGAUUAGAAAUGUUCUACAUGUGCCUGACUUCAAAUUCAAUCUCAUUUCAGUGUCUAUGCUGACUAGAGAUUUAUGUUGUUCAGCUUGCUUCUACCCUCGUUUUUGUGUGUUUCAGGGGCUUUACAAUGGCAGGGAACCGGGGAUUGGUAGAGAAGAUGAAGGGUUGUACAUAAUUAGGAGUGAAGAAGAUGAAAUAGUAGCUGGAUCAGUCAAGAAGGAAGUAAUAAGUGCAGAAUUAUGGCAUCAAAGGAUGGGGCACGCCUCCAUAGGUUCCUUGCAAUGUUUUCCAGAUUUGAAGAAUAAAGUGAAUAAAGAUGUGCAGAUGUAUUGUGAGAUUUGCCCAUUGGCCAAGCAAAUGUUGAAUGGGAAAUCUCCAUAUGAAAAACUUUAUGGGAAAACACAAAAGAUAGAUCAUCUUAGAGUGUUUGGAUGCCCGUGUUAUGCUAGCACACUGCCAAGAGGGGAUAAAUUUGCAGCAAGAGCCUUGAAAUCAGUAUUCGUUGAUUAUUCUGAGCCUGAGAACUUAUUCAUUCCUGAUACUGAUCUUCCAACAAUCACGAAGGAUCGGUCUAUUUCAACACCUAUAGCUGAUGAUGAUCUGGGAAUAGCAAUUAAAGCCGAGACAGACACUUCCACUCCUUAUGUGGCACCAGAUAUGCCACUGAAUGAGACAACAAAUGAUAUGGAGGUACCUAAUUCAGAUGAGAGGAAUGAAGAAAGUGCCUCACAACAACAGGAACAUGAGCAAGUGGAACAGCAGGAACAUGAAGAGGAGCUACUUGGACAAGUGCCAUCAAUUGUGCAACAGCCUACAGAGAUCAUAAAAUCUACAAGAACACCAAGACCAGCAGUGUGGCUCAAAGAUUGUGUGACUACUUGUAAACCAAAAGGAGACUGUCUCUAUUCAGUUUCAGACUAUGUAAGCUAUGAUCAUCUUUUAGAGCACUACCAAUGCUAUCUAAGCUCAUUCUUAGCCCAAGUGGAACCAAAAAGUUUCCACGAAGCAACACAAGAUGAUAGGUGGAUAGAGGCAAUGAAGCAGGAAAUUUUGGCACUAGAAGAAAAUAAAGCAUGGGAGAUAGUGGAUCUUCCUCCAGGAAAGCAAACUAUUAGCUCAAAGUGGGUGUAUAAAAUCAAACACAAAGCUAAUGGUGAAGUAUAA